UGUUUCCACCCGGAGAUCCAGCGCGCUAUUUUGGUGUCCGUAACGCAAACGCAAACGCUAAAUAAAUAAAUAAAUAAAUAAAUAAAUAAAUAAGUAAAUAAAAAUAAACCUAUCCCUUAGCGGCACCUUAGCGGCGUGACGUGACAUUUGGAGUGAUCACGUCGGGCUUCAUGGAUGAAAUCCGAGACAGACUCCGACAGAAGAAGUUCACGCAGGAGGAGACGGAUCUCCUGGUGCGGGAGGUGCAGAAGCGGCACAACAUCUACGGCACCCGGAACACGCCGCCGCGCUCCGAGGACGUGAAGAAGGCCUGGGACGAAGUGGCGAAGACCCUCAACGCCUCCUCCUCCACCGGCAUCCGGAGAACCGCCGUGCAGUGCCGCAAGCGCUUCAACGAUGUGCGCCGGAGAACCAAGCAGAAGCUCGCCGCGUCCCGGCGCACCAUGCAGGGGAACGGACCUGGAGGAGGAGCAGCAGGAGGAAGAGGAAGAGGAAGAGGAGGAAGAGGAGCGAGCACCAGCGACACACUGAGCCCGGCUGAGGACACCACCUUCCCCGAGGAAAGCGCACACGGGUUCGGGGGGUUCGAGUUCGGCCUGACAGCUUCGCAGGUCGACGCUGCGUCGGGCCCUAAAUCGGAGCCGGUGUGGGAUGAGAUGGAGCAGGCGGAGGCAGAGGCGGAGGCGGAGGCGGAGAUAGAGGUGGAGGUGGAGGACUCUGUACAGCCCGCGGGGCGGCGGCGGCGGCACAGCCAGCAGCGGGCAGGUGAUCUGGCAUUCCUGGACGUGCAGCAGGGAGGCUUCGACAUGCUUCAGCGGGAACUCGGAGCCCUGCGGCGCACCAUGAACACGCGGCUGCGCAGGAUGGAGAGCAGGGUUUACCCGCUGCUGGCGUCUGUGGAGGACAGUCUGCGCAGACUCGCUAACGCCGCCGAGCGCUGGGCUCCUCCUCUGAGCGACACGGGGCCUGCGUCUGCGUCUGCGCAGCCCACAAACCCGCGCCGCUGCUUACGCGUGCGCACGAGAGGGAGGAGAGGAAGGUCCAUUAAUAUAUGGCUGUGAUAUGUUUUUUUUUUUUUUUAAAUUAUUAAACACUUUUUAAUCCUACUCUGGUGUCGGAUUUAUUUUAGUUUUAUUUAACACCUUGUUUCCAGCAUUUCAGAAUUCUUCUCUGAAAUCAAUCACACGUCAUACAGAGAUUAGCAAGAUGGCUGCACGGUGGCUUGCACU